GCCUAGGAAAAUGGCGACCAUGUGAUUUGCGACACCGGCGGUUUUCAUAUAAUGGCGUUAGCUUGCAGCUAAAGUAAGCCUUACCAUUAACUGCAUUAUAAAUAAAACACAGAAAGAUAACGUGUAGACUGGAUAGAAAAGAUUGUUAAAAUGGAUAAGAGUGAGAGAAAGCCAAAUACCUCUGCCAAAAAUGAAAAAGAUGAUCCUGAAGUUGAAGAAGAAACUGAGACUCAAGCUAGUUCUUCUGUGAAAAGCAAGGGAUCAGCAAAGAAAAGAAAGGUUUAUCAGAUGGAUCCAAGAUCACCAUUAAAACGUCAGAGGAUAAAAAUAGAACGAUUCCAAUCUCCUAUGACGGAAGACGCAAAUACCAAACCUAAAAUGAUCAAAGAAGAAAUAAUUGUUCUGUAUAAAAAGGGAACAUUCAUCGCUGUGAGAGGAGCUGAAGAAUCAUUCUACUUAUGCAGAAGUCUACAAAAUGUCCAAAACACCACAAAAAGGUUCCGCAUCCAAUGGUUGUCUCUCGAUCAAGAACCCAAUAUUUAUAAGCUGGAUUACAUUGAUCAGACAGAGUUUGCUUGUGUGUUAACAAAUGUUAAAAUGGAUCGUAUAGCUAAAGACACUUACCGUUUACCACAUAAUGAACAAGUUCAAGCACAGAAAGUUUUAGAAAAGGCAAUCAAAGUGGAGAAUGGAUUGCCUAUAGAAGAUGAAGAAAUGGUUGUUGAAGAUCAUGAGGAAGAAGAUGACUAUGAAGAAGAAGAAGAGGAGGAAGAGAAUUGGGAAGAUGUUGAAACACCAGCCAAGAGACGAAAAACUGCAGCAAAAGGUAAAAGUGAAAAUGGUACAAGUAAAUCAAGAGGGAAAAGGAGUGCGGAUAAAUCAAAAGGAAAAACAAAAUCUCAGAAAGACAAAGGUAAAAAAGUUCAAGAAAAGAAGAAAAAAGUAGUAGAAAAGAAGGAAAGGAAAAAGGGGCCAGAUAGAAAUCUUAAGCCUAAUCCUAAAAUUAAAGUAUUAGAAAAGGAUCCUUUCUUUGAAACUAAAGAAAAGGUUCCAUUUAUUUCCAUUCCAGUUUAUAGUAAAUUAGUGAUUAGAGCUGCUGUACUAAAUGAUGUAGGAAUGUUAAAAGAUCUGGUAAAGGAUGAAAAAACGUACAAGGUUUAUUAUCCAAGAAGUGUUGGUAAUACCAUGAUAGCAUUAAACUAUGCUUUAAUAAAUGGUAAUAAAGAAAUGAUAAAGAUACUGUUAGAUGAGACGUUUCCACCUAAAGAUAGAAAAGUUAUUAAAAUUAAACCACCACAACCGUUAUUAAGUAGCAUUGACACUGGAGAGUAUAAUCCAGUAAACCUAGGUAUCCGUAGUAUAAGAAAGCUGAAUGUCAGCCGAGGUAGUAGACAAGGGAAUGAUGCAUUUUCAGAGGACACACAUGAACCCGAUAGUGUUUGUCCUUCUGAUUUUGUGCAAGAAUUGAUCAACCUUGGAUGUGACUGGGAUAUAGUAGAUUGUUUUAUAUCAUCACAACCGAAAUCAUCAGAUUUUGAUAGAGAAGAACUGUUAGGAAUAUUACUGGAUAAUGUGGAAGAUGCUGUUAUUCAUGGACAGCGUAAAUUGGCAGCCAGACUGGUUGAAGAAGCUGAAAAACGAGGUGGAUUAGGUUUUAAUUUCUUACAUAAAGAAGUAUUGAGUUUUGAUAAAGAAGACUUGAGACAGAAUGUCAUGGCAAUAUCUGUGAGGAAAAAGCCACUUGAAAAUUCUGGGAUAACACCUGUCCAUUGUGCUGCCAUCAACCCAAACAUCAAAUAUUUAUCUCGUCUGAUCUCAAUAGAACCUGAUAUUAAUGUCAUGGAUAAAAACACCAGACGCCCCAUCCACUUUGCAGCAGCAUGUGAAGGAACCGAGCCCCUUGAAUUUUUGUUGAAAAGGGGAGCCAGCCCUUUUGAGAUUAUGAAGGAUGGAAAAACAGCACUUCAUUGUGCGUGUGUUGCAGGAAGGUCAGCUAAUGUAGAUCUUCUCAUAAAGAAAGGCACAGAAUUAGAAUCAAGUUUCGGUCAAGAUGCGAUGGUGUCCAAGUGGGGAAAUGGUGGAAUUGAUCGUCCAUGUCAAUCUACAUAUACUGCUUUACACCUUGCUGUUACUCAUUUCCAUACAGAAGUAGUAAGAGUAUUAAUUAAACAUGGUGCUAAUCUCAAUCGACAAUUGUCAGCCGGAAAAGAAAAGUUAUCUGCUUUAAUGAUAGCAGCCGCUACUGGACAGUUAGAAAUUGUACGAAUGCUUGUACAAGCUGGAGCUACUGUUGAAUUAUUAGACAAAUUUAAAAGAACAGCUUUAACUCAUGCCAUAAAGAAUGGUAAUACUCAUGUAGCAUCUUAUCUACUAUAUCUUGGAGCUGAUCCGAAUCGUACUGAUAGUUCAGGCAAUACACUCGUACAUUAUGCUGCAGCAUAUGGAUGGUACUUCUGUCUGAAACUACUUAUAAAAGAUGCUGGAGCAGAUGCAGCUGUUGCAAAUCAUUGGAAGACAACACCACUAAGUAUUGCAUUUCUGAAAGGUCAUAUUGGUAUUGUAGACUUUAUACUAAGUGAAAUAGGAGGUGAUAUAAACUUUACAGAUGAUGAAGGAGUAACUCUAGUCUGUUUAGCUGCAUCUAGUCAUUUAGUAGAAGGUCUAGUAGAUCAGAUCAAAUAUCUUGUUAAAGAGAAGGGAGCUAAUCCUGCUUUAGCUGAUAUUCGUGGACAAAAUGCUCUUCAUCGAGUUGCAUCCAAUCGAAUCCCUAUUUCUUAUUUAGCGGAUUCCAAAAAUGUUGCCAAUAUGACUGUGGAAAUGGCUAAAAUGUUUAUAGAGGGUGGAUGUGAUCCCAAUGGCAAAGAUAAAGAAGGCAAAUCACCAAUUAUGAUGGCUAUUACAAUGGGUAAUCAUGUACUGAUAAAAUAUUUGUUAGAAGUAGGGGGUUGUAUAUCUGCGGAUGUAAUUAAAAAUGGAAAUAAUGUACUACAUCUGAUGGCUGAACAAUGUGCAAUAUCUGACAUGGGCUGUAUAAUUGAAUUUAUCACUAAAAAGGAAACUGAAAGUAAAGAUAAGAUUGAUGAAUCUGGUGAUAAAGCUGUUCAAAAAGAUGAUGAUUCCGUGAAGAAUCUCCAUAAAAUGGUUCAUGCUGUCAAUCAUUCUGGUUAUACUCCUCUUCUUAGAGCUUGUAAGACCUAUGUUGAUCAAUUAAGACAACGAAGUUAUUAUAGGUCUGAUGAUAAUGAACAAGAACGGAAGAAAAAGUGUGCUGUAUCAUUUAUUAAAGCAGUAAUCACAUGUUUAAAAGCUGAUAUAAAUGAUACUGUACAGAAAUUACAUGUAGAAGAUGAACUGGGUACAGGAAUAAAUAAAGACAAAUAUUCAGUAGACGGAAAGUACUCAGCUGUUCAUAUGUUGGUUAAUGAAAGUAAUUGUCAGAAAAAUCCUAAGUUGCUUGAUUGUUUGAAACUGUUCCUGGAAUAUAAACCGAACUUGGAACUGAAGGAUACUAAAGAACAGACACCAUUAGCCAUGGCAGCAGUCAGUAAUCAACAAGAUAUAGUUAAACUCUUAUUAAAAAGUGGAGCAAAAGCUAAUGUUCAUUUCAACCAAAAUACUACUACGACACAAAUUACUACAUCUACCCCUCUACUGCAAGCAGCUGAACAUUGUAAUGAGAUUAUGAUAGAAGAUUUAGUGAAUUAUGGAGCCGAUACUAAAGCUAAGCAUACAAAUGGACAAACAGCAUUACAUUUUGUUGCCAACAAUAGAAGUGAUGAAGCUAAAGCAGUCAAAUUAACUGAUAUCCUGUUGUCUCAUGGUGCCGAGAUUAAUGCUGUAUGUAACAAAAAGAGAACACCAUUCCAUCUAGCUGUGAGUAGUAAUCAAGGUACAGCUAAUUCCAGCACUGAUUUAGAAGAGUUAAUGAUUUCUAAAGGAGCCAAUCUGUUUGCUAAAGAUAUCCGUGGAAGAACGCCAUUACAUUAUGUGUUUGUUCAGAUUGGUUGUCACAAAGACCAUAGUUCUCUAGAUCCUAUAGAUUUAUGUAGUCUGCUUACAUCAGCUAUGGGUGGUAAUCAUUUAGAUGAAGUGGAUGUAUUUAAACAAACACCCUUACAUAGAGCAGCUAUUAGAGGUGGAACUAUUUGCUGUAUGCAUUUAAUACAGAGAAAGGCUAACAUAAAUACUAAAGAUCAAAUGGGAAAUACACCAUUAUCAUUGUCUAUAUUAAACAGACAUAUCAGUUGUGCCAUCUUGUUGAUACAGUUGGGUAGUAAUUGUCGAGAUACUAUUCUAUUAGAUACCAAACCUUCAUCAAGUGCUAAACCUGUCACAGAACUAGAAGGAAGACCUGUUCUCAUUUGGCGACCAAUACAGAAACUGAAAAAAUGUCCAGAACUUGUACAAAAUAAUUUUCCUGUUUUCCAGGAAAGUAUUCGCAGUGAUCUGCAGGGUGUGGCCCAUAUGCUUCUAGAGAAAACUGGUAUAGGGAGAACAGAAUUAGAAGACACCAUUACUGUCAGCAAAUAUAAUGUUGCCUUGCGUUUGAUGAAGCGAGUGACUAAUCCUAAAUUACUUCAGGAAUCUAACAACAAGAGACAGAAUCUAUUUCAUACCUUAUUAAUCAAAUCUAUACCUGGUGCUGAUGUUAGCCUUCAAUUAAAGGUUGCAGAAAGGUUGUUAAAUCAUAAUGUAGCUAUUAACCAAGCAGAUGAAUAUGGUUGUACACCUAUAUUUUAUGCAGCUUUGUAUCAUCAUCCACUAAGUGUAGCUGAAUUUUUAAUAGAAAAAAAUCCCAAUUUUGACAUAAAUUGGAAAGAUAAAUUUGGUCGUAACGUUGUAGCGGCUUUUUUGUGGGAUUUUGACAAAAUAGAAGCAGACUGGGAAAGUAGCAGGAAAUGGUUACAGAUGCUCAUUAAGAAAGGCGCAACAUUUGAUUUUCACUUUGACCGUCCUUUACCUGAUGCUCUAGCCAUUGGUUGGGUUCUUCAUGGUAAUUAUAUCGACUAUUUCACUACAAAAUCAAACCUAGGAGUAACUCCACUUAUUUUCGCCCUUCAUAACUUUCAUAUCAAGUUGGUGACAUUCCUUCUGACGUCUGGUGCAUCACCUAAUCUAGCUGAUACUACUGGUCUUACACCUCUAAUGCAUGCUGUUAAACUGAAUGAGGAGCAUCUUGUAAAGGUCUUGUUGAACUAUACCUGGACAAAACCUGUCAAGGAAGAAGAAAGCAAACAAAAUCAACCAGUACUAGCAAAAAAACUUUCUCGUACUGUUUUUAAUGUUCAUUUCCCAUUAAAAUUGAUUCAAAUAGAAGAAGAGAAAGAAGAGGAAAUGGCAAAAGCAGACAAUGUUGCAAAUAUUUUGGGGAGUUCUAGUGAGGAAGAGGAGGACGUUGUAGAAGUUGAUGAAAUGGAAGAUGAUAAAUCAUCUGCUGGUAGCGUAGUUCAUAGUGAAAGUUCUCAUGAUACAGAUGCUGUAGCUGAUAGUGAUGAAGAUGAAGACUUUGCCACUGAACAGCAAAAACCGAGUUUACAAAAGAAAAUAUCUUUAUUACAAAGGUUAAGUAGCAAGAAAGAGUAUGCAACUGUUGAUAAAACAAGUACAGUAGAUGUUACAUGUGUUGAUGGUUUAGGAUGGAAUGUUAUACAUCAUGUUGUAGCAUCAUUAGAUUAUGGUACAUUCGAUAACGAAGAACUCAUUUAUAUAUUGGCUAAAGCCGGUGCAUCAGUCACCCAGAAAGACAAGGCUGGUUUGUCUCCCUUAGACCAUGCUUUGAUUAGAGGUGCUCCUAAAUCUGCAGCCAUGAUACAAAAGUUAAUGGAAAUUCCAGAAGAAAAAUAUGAAAAACCAUCCAAAGGCACAUUUGAAGUCAAAGACCCAUUCACUAAAGAUGAUACUGUGGUCAAUUAUAAAAAAGAUUCUGAGAAAUUCCUUGAAGAUAUUUAUUCAAGAGUUAUGGAUACUUCUGAAGAAAUGGAAGUACCUGUUGACUCAAAUUGUAACUUUGCUUCUUCAGGAUCUGUUUAUGUUGAUCCUAAAAGCAAAGUACCAUUUGAUGUUCUGAUGUCUAAAGUUAAUGUUGCAUCUGGAUUUUAUGGUCGUUACAGUUUCUAUAAGAUGCAGGUGUUACAUCAAAAGGGUAAAGAUAUAUUUGUAUUGUUUACAAGAUGGGGUCGUAUUGGAGAUAUUGGAGAAUAUCAGCACACACCAUACCCUACAGCCGAAGAGGCAGCUAAAGAAUUUUGUAAAAUAUUUAAGUCUAAAUCAGGGAAUGAUUGGCAGAAUCUUGAUAGUUUUGUCAAUCAACCGAAAAAGUAUCGAUUAAUUCAUUGUGAAGCUAAAAAGAAGGUUCCUAGUGUAGAAUUAGAUUUAACAUCAAAACUUCCCUCCAAACUGUCUCCUCAAGUUCUAGAUCUCAUGAAGGAAAUGUGCGAUAAAAGUAUGUUGGAGCAAGCAACAAGAAAAAUUGGUCUUGAUCCAUCAUUGAUGCCUUUUGGACAAAUCAAAAGAGAAGUAUUAUUAGAAGCCAGAAAGAUUUUGCAACAGUUGGGAGAAUUAAUCAGUAUUGUUGAGAAACAAGAAAGUAAUUUGUUAUCAGAAGUACAAAAUGAACUACAGACAAACGUAGAAAAGAUUUGUAAAUUAACCAAUGAAUACUAUCAUCUUAUUCCAAUGGACGGCUAUAGCCAUGAUAAAAUUGAACCUAUUGACAAGAAGGAAACCUUAAAGCAUCAUCUUCGUCUGUUGUCUAAUUUAUUAGAUCUAGAGGUAGCCAGUAAAAUAUUAUUGGGUGCCCAAUACCAAAUUAAAGAUAUGAACCCAUUUGAUUAUAUUUAUAAAGCUAUAAACUGUAAGAUACAGCCAUUAUUAGAAGAAACCAUAGAAACACAGUAUCUACUUGGAUAUAUCAGAGCUUCUGAUCCAUCAGUGAAACCGCACGCAAUAUUUAAAUUGUCACGUCCUGGAGAAGAAGAAUCCAUAAAUGCUAAAAAUCUAAAGAAUCAUCGUUUAUUAUUCCAUGGUAGUAACAUGGGUAAUUUUAUAAGUAUAUUAAAUAGAGGUCUACUAGUAGCACCAGUUGAUGUACCUAUUACAGGUCAUUUAUUUGGAGAGGGAAUCUAUACAUCAGAUUGUUUUGUUAAAAGCAACGGUUAUUCAAGCAAUUAUAGUAGUACAUCGAAUAUUAAUCUGAUGCUAGUCUCUGAGGUUGCAUUAGGUAAAUGUAAACAAACUGACGAUUUUGAUCAAGAUGAUAUAAUGGAUCCGGAAUAUAACAGUUUAAAGAUACAUGGUCGUAAACAACCUGAUCCGCUAUUUGAUGUGGCUCUACCUUAUGGAACCACAAUUCCAUUGGGGAUAAUGUCAGAUGUUAAAGAUGAGAAAAGGCCUUACUGCUCAUACAAUGAAUAUAUCGUUCACGAUUCUUCACAGAUUUGUCUACGUUAUCUUAUUAUGUAUACACCUUAGGGUGUGAUGAUUAUAUUUAUUAUCAUUUCAUUUUCUCACAAGAUCAGCAAAACAAUUUACAACAUUUGUUCAGCCAUGUGUGUUCAUUUCAUGACAGGAAUGAUAAAUGUAAAUAUUCUUUCACUAAGAUCCAUAUUUUACAAGCAAUAGUUUGGAUCUUUCUGUUUUUAAAGUGCUAAAUUUAUCAGUUUAAUAUAGAAUCAUUGUAUUAUAUCAUGGCCCUAUAUUAAUUGGCUACAAGAAUAUUGUAAUUUUAUCAUGCAGUGAAACUUGAAUAAUCAAUCUUUAUUUUAAAUAUUAAAUAGUAUCAUAAAAAUUCAAAAAAUUUCACAUAAUAUUUAUGUAUCACAGAAUUUUUAAACUUAUUUGGAAAUGAAAUUAAAAAGUUAUCCUGGUUUUUAAACUUAUUUGGAAAUGAAAUUAAAAAGUUAUCCUGGUUUUUUUUUUUAUAAAUUCAUUUUUGUCUGUAGUUGUUUCUUAAUCUAUUCAAUUGUUGUAUCAAAAUAUCUACACGAUUAUUUUAUAUGUAAGAAAUUUAAUGUUCUUUGUAUUCAUUAUUGUGAGUAAAGUUUUGCAGUGAAUAUAAUUCUAAAAUGUUAUUUUGUUUUGUAAGAUAGAUUUAUUAUAUAUUAUACAUAUAUAUACUUGAGAAGAGAAUUUAUUAACACUUAUUAUAUGCUUGCUUGUAUUACUGUAUGAUCUGUGUGUUGUAAUCAUGUAAAAUUCAUUUUCAAGCGAACACAUUCAAUUUUGUAUAAACCAGUCAAUCAGUUCAAAUCCCUGUCAGAUUUAGUAGCAAGCAUACUAGUGGUAAGUUUUAGUUACUCAGAUUUAGUAGCAAGCAUACUAGUGGACAGUUUUAUUAAUUCUAAUUUUGUUUUGAGGUUUGCUUAUGAUACAUCAAAGAUAUACAUUCCUUAAUGAAAUGGGAACAAAUUAUCAAUGUUUGUAUUAUAGUUGGAAAUAUGUGAUGUCCGGAGUCAAAUAGAAUCUAAUUGAAUGGUUUACUUGUUAAAUCCCCAUGUUUAGUUAAGAGUAUCCAUAUUUUGCGGUUCAUAAAUGAGUUAACUGUAUCAAUGAAAUAUAACUUUCAGUACAAGAUAUUUUAUGUUUAUCUCUAGAAAUUAUGUUUGUAUUGUGCAUCGUGCAAUAUGCUUUUGUAGUGAUUAUAGGCUUAGAUAUUGAGUAAUAUAUUGAAAUAAUAAAUGGUUACCAGAGGUCUGAUGCCAUAAACAUUGAAACUAUAUGAUGUUUAACAGAUAUUAUGGAAUAUUGACAGCAAUCUUUAUUUAUUGGGGUUUAUUUCUUCGGGAUUAGAGGAUAUACUCUAUCCGAUAUAGAGCUUGAAUGUUUCUCUUAGGGUAAUGCGGUCAGAAACUUCAUUUAUUUUGCAACAAUGACUAAUGGGACCUCAGUAGACAAUGCAAGCACAUCUUGUAUGUUGUGAAAUAUUGUGAUAUCACAGUAAGUUUCCUUAUUGGAAAAAACCCAUUAUUCUACAAAAAAGACUGCUUAUCUGUAUCUUAAAGUUUCUUCAAAUUUGUUUUACCGGUUUUAAGUAAAAGCAUGAAAAUUUGACAAAGAACAAUGAAAUGGAGUGUAUGCAUACUCCAUCUUGAACACCCGAUACCCCUUCUCAUUUAAGGUUUUCACAUAGCUAACAAAAUGUUGUACUUUUGUGUUGAAAACUGUUCUCUUGAUUCACUACACUAUAAGGGUGUAUAGUCAGUUUUAGUUGUAUAUACCCUAUAAAUCAUGUGUUUAUCACCUCUACUCUAUAAUAUAUAUUACCUCUCAUUAUAUAUAAAGGUUGAAAUCACAGUCAUUUAAAUACCAUACAUACAGUGUUGUUACUAUUCCAUAUAUUGGUAUUAUGUAGAUGAUGUCAUUUUCAUAGUGGAAAUAAAAUAUUAGAUUUAAUGCUA